UGCAGGGAGGAGCCUCGCUCGCAGACCCGAGCAUGAUGCCGGCUGCUGGCGCGGGGGACCCCGAGGGCACCGCGGCUCCCGCUGAGGGGAACCCCGGGCUGGGAGCGCCCGUGGCACGGGCGGGCUGUCACCCUGCAGCAGCCCAGGACAAGUUCUUCUUCAUCAAAGGUGGAAUUUUUCUAGGUACUGUUGCUACUGCAGGAAUGAUAGCUGGUUUUGGUACAACACUUGCUAUGGCUAAAAAGAAAAACCCCAACUGGUUCAAUAAGGGUAUUACUGCCACAGCUGCACUACCAGAGAAUGGUUCAUCGCUGGCCUUACGAGCCUUGGGGUGGGGUUCGCUGUAUGCCUGGUGUGGAGUUGGGCUGAUCAGUUUUGCCAUCUGGAAGGCUUUGGGAGUUCACAGUAUCAAAGAAUUUCAUAAUAAAAUGCAAUCAAUAUUUCCAGCAAUUCCUAAAAGUGCAGAGCACUCGGUCGAAUGGGAAGACUUACUGAAAUCCAAAUGAAGGCGCAGAAAAGAUUCAGAAUUGUAUGCUUCAGUGGGAAAGACUGCAGAACUUGUGGGAAAAUCCCAUCUAAAAAAAUAAGAAAGAAAAUCAGACUGAUUUGAAGGCAUGGAAGUGAGCAAAUUAGUGACUGCUGAACAUGGGGACGGCAGUUAUUAUUUUAACCGCAAGAAAAUAGUUAUGUUUUUGCUGUUACUUUUUCAGCAUUGUCAUUAGAGUUGAAUUGUGGAGAAAAGAACCUUAUGGGAUACCUUGAAAGAAGAAUAUAAUUGUAUGAGAACGUGUUUCAGUAAAACAAAAAUCAAACAAGAAACUGAUCUUGAGUGGAUAUUUACAAUAAAAUAUAGUUGCAAACACUUA